AUGGAUUUUGAGCUUAGUGACCACGACUUCUACAACACGGUCCUCCUCGACUCUACGUCUCACAGAGCUGCUUAUCGCACGAGCACCAAGCUCUUCCAAGUUGGAAAGCGAUCUACGACGCUAUAUCGCGCUGCGCCCGACCAGCCUUCGGGCGAGGUGCUCAUCGGCACGGUCAUGCUCAGGGCUUUCUCAAGUCAUGAGGUUGUGGUCAAUGGGCGAGACGUGACGCCCGUCCGCAUGGGGCUCUUCUCUAGGUCCGAAACGUGGCUGGCCUCAGACGGGCGGCAAUACAAGUGGAAGGUCGACCCAGGCGUGUUCACACUCGUGGACGAUCAGACGAAAGAAAUGAUCGCCCUCUUCGAGCGGCACUUCUUCAGCACUAACAAGCUGUGUAUCUUGCCGAAGGGGAUGCAUUUCGUUGACGAAAUUGUUGCGACCGUCAUCUAUAUGGACAGGGUGAAGCGACGCCGGGAUCGUAAAGAGUCCACAAUAUGA